CGUCCGGAAUAUAUUAUAAUUUAUCCCAGAUGUUUAUCUUCGAAAUCUAUAAAAAGAAUCAUUUUUAUUAGUAGUCAAGCCUGGGGGAUCAACUUUAUCUUGCUCAAACUGGUUGUUUUUAUUGAGUAAUGGACGCACUGUUUUCUACAAAUAUGUCGUCAGGGCUAAAGAAUGCUACGGAAACAACCAAUCCAUCGGCCAUGCAGGAGUUGUCAUUGGCAGAUCGGAUAGAAAAAAUCUUCAAAGUCUCCUUGCUUUGUCUCAUAGCCUUGGCAAACAUCGCUGGUAAUUCAAGUAUAUGCUUCGUCGUUCUCAAGGACAGAUAUUUACGUCUAACGGUACGGAACUUCGUUGUAGCCAGUUUGGCUUUGACAGAUCUUCUAGUCGUUCAGUUAAUUAUUUUCCAAGUACUAACUUACUACAACAUUGGGAAAGAGCCGAAUCUCUGCAAUCUUAUGGGCCAAAAUUUUGGCGUUUUAUUAUAUGUCAGUACCUUGCACUUAUUUACCUUGAGCUUGGACAGAUAUAUAGCCAUAUUUUAUCCUCUACGGUACCGAUUCUUAGUUACACCAAAGCGGAUUACUGUCAUUUUGUUAACAAUCUGGAUUAUUCCAUUAAUAUCUAUUCAUCUCCUCCCUGCGGUGAUUACAGACCUUCACGGCUUCCCGAGUUUUUACGUAUGUAUCAACGAAGGUUUUAUUGAGGAGAAAGACAGAAUGAACCGGGCACACAUGUUCAUUAACGUGACAUUUCUUUUCUUUUUGCCACUUAUCGCGAUGAUGGCGGCUUAUUAUCGGAUUAGCAAGAUUGCUUGGUACCAGGCCAACCGUGUAGGAGUUGCGGUCGUUGAGUCUACAGUUAGAGUUCAAAGCAGCCGGCUCCCUAGAGCAAGAGAGAGAAAAUGGGCAAAAACACUUGGUAAGUUUAUAUAUAAAUAACGCAAUGCGCGAUCAAGCUUGAUUCCGACGCGAAGUGAUGAGGAAAUUGGACCGCAUGCAUUUUCGCUGCGUUCUUAUUGGUGCAUUUCAUAGCGGAAGAGAAGACUUCAAACAGAGCGUUCAAAAUGAGUUUAUACUUAUUCCAAUCGCUGUAUAUUAAAAUAUAAGAAUGAGAAAAUUAAUUUUAAUGCACAAUAUAUGCUUUGCCAUUUUGGCUGUGUUCAUUGCCUUGUCCAGUCACACAAGCGUUUUAAUGCGGUCUUAAUUGCCAGCCACUUUGUAAAGUUCAAAGUCCUUACAGUAUGUAAGCCUUACGUAAUGGUUUUGGCGUUCAGAAUAUUUAUUAUAAACCUAAAAAUAACCCUGCCGUGCUAGAAAAAAAACCAUUCUGGACCUCAGUGAAAGUUUCACCACUGCAGUUGGUCAUCGGAAACUGAAAGGUUGUCGAGGCAUUUUCUAAACAGGACAGAUAUACCACUGGGCCACUUUGUUUCAGGACAAACUUGACCUUCAAAGGCUUAUGUUUGUUGUGUUUUUGUCUGCGAAACUGUCGGCAUAUGCUGACCUCUCAAAUUUGAAUAACUUCUAGAAGAGGUACAUCAUUGUAACAUCGUAUUGUCUCUGUUAGCAGCCGGCACGCAAAGAAACUUCUUUCAUUCUUGAGGUGAAGUCCAGUGCCAUCAAUAUCGUUUUGAAAAAUAACUAAAAUUUCUGACUUAAAGCUUUUUGGGAAGUUGCCCUUAAUUUUGCAGGUCCAUGUUGUUUAUAAUUAGUUUUAGCAACUUCAUUAGUAGAGACUAUUUUUCAUUUGCGACAUAACAACGACGGAGACCAGGUGUUAUGAUUCCGCGAGACUGAGCAUCCAACCCAAACCCUUGUUUUCACUAAAACCGCUGGAUAUCAACCUGGUUGAGGUCAUUGUUUUCUAAGAUCUUCCGUCGCAAGCAGUCUUCUGUUCGCCACUUUAGAAACGAGCGGGGAACUGAACUCGAAAUGUGUCACGCAAUUGCUUUUUGGGAUCGUUACAGGGGACGCACCGGUCAGCUAUAAUAGAGAAAUUAAGAGUACACCAAACGGCGAGCAUGAAUUUGUACCACGUGAACAAGUUUUCCCCUUUUAAAAUGGUAGUUUACCGUUUUUUUACUUCUAAUCAAAAGUAAGUAGUUUCACGCCAGUUUUAUCCAUAAAGAAUUGUUCUGGACAGUUUUUAUCUGCUUAUUUUCUAUUCUGACUAAAAGAAUGAAGCCCCAUCUCCUUCGCUAGGGAAAACCGGCCUCAAACACGUUUAUCUUUUUUUUGUAGCAAUCGUUAUUGGUGCCUUUCUGGGCUGUUAUCUACCGGUGGUCGUGGCAUCCUUAGUGCACAUUUACUCCGGAGGAACGACCAAUCACGAACUAGCAAAGACUUUGGAAAUGCUGAUGUUUCUAACUUUUUUGAACACUGUUCUCAACCCAAUGAUUUACUCUCUUCGAAACAACGAAUACAGAAGAGCAUUCAAUAAGAUCUGUGGAAAAUGCUUCCGCGACGUAAAUAACGACCCCCGGUCACGUGUCAACUACAUCAGACAUGAGAUGGAAAGUCAAACAGUUUCUACUCUUAUGAGCACGUCCCUACAUCACAGGGACUCCGUUAGUUAGGGGACCACGCUUAUACACUCGAACCCAGCGGCAACCCGGGGGGACGGAGGUAAGAUGCCUACCGAGAGGUGACCGGUAUGGGGAAGGGGGAAGGACUCGGUUUUAAUUUGACACCAAUCGUUUGGCAAAAGAUAGAACGUAUUUAUUUGUUACCGAUGCGCAUUUUAGCGCUUUAAUCCUGACGAUAUGACAUAAUAUGUCAUUAAAAGAGAAAACCCGACAGAGCAAAAGCGUUGUGGACAGCAAACAAAAGUAAAUGUGUGGAUGUUCUCUGGGACUUAAAACUUGCUGUUUGUGGAGAGGUGACUGUUUGAAAAGCAGUUGACUAUAAUUGUUUUCAGGAGCCGAUUACUGUUGUUUUAUGAAAGUGAAAAUGAUCCUCGCAAUUGAAUAAACAACCUAAGCGGUUGAGAAGCUGAAAAAAAUUCAGGCUUGACCGGGAAUCGAACCAUAACCUUUGUCAUAUUUUUUUAAAAUUGCCAAUGUACUAGUUCCUGGCCAGUAGAAGACUUAUCAGAUUUAGGAAGCGCCAUGUAUUUCUCUAGCCUGCGAAAACAUCCGUUUCUCCUCGCUCUUCGCCUCUGGGGACGUUGCGAAACGUGCCCAGCGGAGAAGAGGGUGGAGAAACGGAUGUUUUCGCAGGCUAGUAUUUCUUUUGCCUUUGAAGUCGUUGAAAUUUGCGACACAUUUGCAUUUGCAGACGAAGCACAUGCAGCUCGCUGUAAGGUGCAUGGGUUUCCUGUGGAAAGUUGGCAGAACUAUUAACAAAGAAUCCGAGGUUAAGUUAGUUACUAUGACAACGCACAUGUUCUCAGUUACACAGUUAACCCAGGAUUAAAGGUAACCUCAGGCUGUGAACCUUUGAAACUGUUCAAAACUUUGCGGUGAACCCACUGAGGCUUGUCAGUGGUUACAUUUUCCAUUUGAACAUUUUGACGUCGUUUCUAUGGUCUAUAAGUCUCUGGACAAUAAAAAGUUGCGCCUUUUUAUAAUUUAUCCGUUGUGUUGCGCUGGUCUGAUACCCUCAGCAUUCUCCUUUAUGACUUUAUUCUAGACAAUUCAGUCGCAA